AUGUUGAGAUAUAACCUAACAUUGUCUCUCUCCCUCAAAGUUCGUCGCCCAGUUUCUUCAUCAACUCAGCGGCUCGUGUCUCUUUCUUCUCUGAAGAAAGCUAUGGCGUAUGCACCACCGAUGAAGCAAGGAAAGGCUGGAUUUGAGGAGCCACAAGAGCAGAUUCACAAGAUCAGAAUCACUCUCUCCUCCAAGAACGUCAAAAACCUUGAGAAGGUGUGCACUGACUUGGUCCGUGGAGCUAAAGACAAGAGACUCAGAGUUAAAGGACCAGUGAGGAUGCCAACGAAAGUUCUUAAGAUCACCACAAGAAAAGCUCCUUGUGGUGAAGACUUGGUGUUUGCUUCUUAA